UGCCGGAAAAUGCCGACUAGAUGUAUUUUUCGCACAGCACAUUUCCACUACGUGAGCGCGCGCGCGCUUGUGUGCGUGUGCUGAACUGUCAAAACAAACACGAACCCGAGCGAUGUACACCGGAGUGUAGUGCAGCCGUUCGCCCUCAUCAUACGAAACAGCUGGAAUUCCUCCGCUUGGCACGAGUUUUCCCGAAGCCGACGACUUUUCCGACGGAUGUCCCGAACCGCCGCACUGCACAACGGGGAAAAAGCCCACAGCUGAUGAUGGUGUGCGGUAGUAGUUGCGAUUUUCCACUCGCACCGAGCAGCCGGUGUGUUGUAGUUUGGUGCCCCAGUUGGUGCGCGUUCUCGGCGGGAAACCUUAGUGCCCUGGUGGACUGUACUGUAGUGCACCGUCUCGGCCAGUUCGUGACCGGUAGCUAGAGCAACGGGUAGAUUUCUAGCCACAAGUGGGCACACGGCCGUACGUGAAAGUUACUUGUGUGUAAGUCAAGGUGUGUGUGUGCGCGAGGGGUGUGAGGUUUUUAUGAAGGAUAAAAGUUGGUGAAUUUUGCCUGUCCAAAGAAGAAAAACAGGAAACUCGACGAUACGGCAUCGAUCGACAAUACGGGCAUUGUGGUGGAAAGGGCCUUGCAGAGAGUAGGGAGCGGGACAAGCUAGGGCCAUUAGUGGUGGGCGAGUGACACGAGGCCGAGUAUGAAUGUUUAAUCAGCAGGGUAGAGGUUUCGUUCUUGCUACUGCCACACUCACACACACAGAUGUACGAUCGCCACAACCGAUUAGGGUCAUAGCGGUGGGCCUUUAAAGCUUACCCUGGCGCAGCUUGAAGGAUCGUUAACUGCUGAAGGUGUACAACAAUUCACAAGAGGCCAGAAACUCCAUCGUUCGCUGCUCAUGAAUAGACAUUUUCCAACGGUGGAGUGUGGACCGCGAGUGUGGGACAGUAAUAAUUGAAACGAACGAAUAAUCAUUCAUCAUCAUCAGUGUGUUGGGCUCAGUCAGUCGGUGAGCACUUGGAGGCCAUAAAAAAGCACCCCGACAGCAUCGCACCGAAGAAGCCAAAAACGGGGGCGGCUCGUGUCUCGGGUGGUGGGCUCAUAAAAAUUGUGAUGUGAACUCGAGCAUUUGUAUUCAUGCGGGUUUGUGCGUGUCGGUGAGUGAACGGAGCCUACCCAUCAAAUCCAAUUUUCACGAUCAGUGCGCACGAAAGUGCGAAACCGCUGACAUCCGUCGGACACGAGGACGACGCUGAUGCUGAUGGCCCGGUGUGAGCGGACUCGCUGCUAAAGGGAAUUUGGGACGAUGAUCGCUGCAAGCAGCAGAACCGUCAACAGCACAUCGUCACACUGUCCGGCCUGAACCGGGUACGUCCCGAUACGUUGCAAAAGAGGGCUGGCAGCGAAACCCAUCAAAAAAGGGAAACGACAAUGUCCGGAAGCAAGGGGACAGCAUUGAGGACACCGGGACGAAAGUGAUUCUUUAGCCCGAGUCAGCCGAGCGCUGCAGCAUCGGACCGAUUUCCGGUGUGGAGCUGUGGCCCCCAAAAAGGAAAUCCUGACCAGACACAUCAGACAUCAAGACAGGGCGGAAAUAGCUGAAGGAUUAGGCGAGCAGAAAUAGCACAAGCCAGAACGAGUGUGCUCACUGGAGCAGAACAAACGCGGCUCACAUGCCAUCGCCACCGUCCCAUGUCCCGUGUGAAUCCUUGACCAUGACCGAAGCCUACCGUGGUAGUAGUGGUGGUAGCUCGGCGACUACUCCCACCCUGAGCCUCCGCAGGGAAAACAUGGGCAAAACAUCAACUCCGUGAAACAAAGACAGCGACGACAAAGUAAUAGCUUGUCCAACCAAAAAAAAAAAAAAAAGGGACAAGGAAUCCAUUGGAGGAUUCCUUUGUGAUCAACUUUCCGUUCCGAGCUUUAAUUCCUUGUGGCCAUUCCGAGGGGUUUUCUUUGAAAUCCUUCGUCUUCCCAUCACGAAGACAUUUGGAGGAAGAAAGGAAAACUCGCUGUCCCUUCUGGGGAGUGGUCACAGUUUGAGCAGCGCAAGCAAGCAAGCAAGUUCCGCAUCCGGAAACCCCUCGUCCCCUGGAUGCCCUCCGUGGUCGAAUAUGCAAACAUACCUUAAUUAGAAAAUAUCAUAAACCGUACCGCAAACGACGCAUAAGCUCAGGCAACCGACCAAGCUACCUACCUUGCCAGUUUGGAAAAAGGGCUUUCUUCUUUCUCCUUUUUCGGUGCUGACUGGUGCUGGUGGUGAAAAGUAAACACUACCAUAAAACAUUAAUUUUUUAUGAGCUAUCCACCGGUGUACGCGUGACUGGUGCUGGUGUUGGUGGUAGGAAGGAAGGUCGGUACGCGGAUCCCUUGAGCGGGAAGUUUGUUGUCACUGGAGUUCUCGUGGGGUGUGUGAGAGAGAGAGAGAGAGUAAGGCACGGUUCGAUGGUGACGCAACGAGGCACCCCGACACGUGGCAGACGAGUCAAUAUGGCGGCCAUAUUAAAACAUAUCAGCAGCGGCGGCAACGCCUUGGCGCAGGUACUCGUCCCCAUCACACUGCUGCUGCUGACGAUGAUGCCGAUUCAGAUGGUGUACGGUAUUGAUUGCUUUAAGUGCGUUUCAAUGAACGGUGCCAAUAAGGCGUGCGAUGAUCCGUUCCACAACAACUACUCGGCGGCCAUCCUGGAGUCACCGUGCAUGGGCGGACGGAAGGGCCGGGACGGGCUGUUUCCGGCCACAUCGUGCAUUAAAAUUGCCGGCUAUUAUGAUGACACCGGCGAAACGAUUACCGUUCGUGGAUGCGCUCUGGACAGUGGUACGCUGACGACGGACACCGAAAUCAUUCGCAUGUCCCACUGCGGACGGUUCUACUACGAUGAUAGAUACGUGCACGGAUGUCUGCAGAGUUGCAACGAUGCGGACGCGUGCAAUGGUGCACCACCACCGAGAGGUUCGUCAAUCCUGUGGCUUAUCCUGCUGGCCGGCAUUGCAGCAGCAGCAACACUUCAACCGUCCGCCCGGUGGCUGCCGAUCGUGAACGGAAGCUAACAAAGUGACCGAAACAGGUAGAGCUGGGAAUUGUCGUCGUCGUCGUCGUCGGUCUGUGUCUUAUGAAGUCACAGAUACAUCGUAGUGUCACGGCAGAGUGUCACGUAGCAGUAGUAGUAGUGGUAGUAGAAAUAGCUUGUGGUUGCGGAUCAGCAGAAGUAAGCAAUCUCUGACCAAUACAGCAAACGAACGUACAGCAUCAAUCAAACAAGCCUACAUUAAGCACGGAGUACACGGAGGAAGCAUCAAACAUUGUUUUCUAUUUUUGUGUGUAACUGAUUAGAUUUUUUUGCUAGCAUCGAACACAAAUAACCGGAAUUGCAGCGCAACAGAUACAGAUACUAAUCGCAACAUUAUCGCACCUUAUCAGAAGCUAUCGAUCGGCGGCGUUACUAAUUAUAAAGAUUAAAGCUACUAAAUUUGAGACAGAAUCAAAAGUAAAAGUAAAAACAAAACACCGGCAAAACUAAUAAGCAUAAUAGAAGGAGAGGAGGGGAGAAAACAAAGUAACAAUUACUAGCAUGUAAGAAUUGCACAAAUCAAAGCAUAAAUAUGAAAAUACACACACACACACAAAACACGAUUCGAUGUAAAUUGUAUAACAAAACCACACAAAAAAGGGCAGAACAACGGGUGAUUCAAUUUGUAAAACGAGAGUUUCGCGUAACGUCUUUAAAAAACAAACGGAAAAAACACAAGUGCAAUGCAGCUAGAAUUGAAAUGAAGUUAAGAGAAGGGGGAGAUAGUUAAGGAGAUACAGUAGAACAACAGAAGUAACAUAUGUUAUAUUCCCUUCAAUUCCGUCUUGUUGGGUGCAAAAAAAGGAAGAAGCAAAAUCGUUAGUGUAACGGACAUUGUAUCCCGACAAGCUUCUCCAAACCCUAGCGCCAACCACCGCACAACUGGACCAAACAAAAACGGGGACAAGCAGUAUUGCCUUUUGCUGGUACGUACGCCACCCAAAUCCAUGUUUAUGACCGGCCUGUAAUUUAAGAUCGCAUCUUGUUUGUCCUCUUACGCCGCCCCAAGAAUCGCCUUGACGAGAUUUGCCAACAAGAAGUAUCGCAACGCUCAGGUUUUUGGGGGUAAGAAAAGAGAACUUAUGUUUGGUUUCGGUUAUAGUUCGGUUGUUCGGUAACGAGAUGAGCGCACAGGAUGGGACAGUAGUUUUCUGCUUGCUCAUCAGUAAUGCUCUUAUUUAUUGCACCGAGGCAAGUCACAGCCCUUGUGCCCUAAAGUACUGUCGCUAGUCGGGAGGCUUAUGAUAAGCAGUGUUGAGAGUGCUUGAGAACUCUUACACCACCCCCCCCCCCCCCUCACAACGUAGCUUACUGUCGCACAGAUAGAUAUUGGGGAAAAGAAAGCUAGAGAAGCUAGUAAGGAUACAAUUACAUAUAACCGAACAACGUGUAGACGUGUAUUAAACUGUCAGCCAACAGUACGCAUCAGCUCAUCCCCCUGCUGGACGGGUAGCAAGGCUGUAGUAGCGUUUGCUGAGCAACACACACAGAGCCAUACAGAGUAGCGAUGGUUUCAAUUGGCCGGUUGCCGAUCGCAACGUGCCCCACGAACCUUAUACUUUCACCCCAAGCCCAAUUUUGUAAAGCCCAAAUGAUCAAAUAUUUAACCAACCCACUACGAUGUACUAGUACGAUUCAAGCUCGACCAACGCACAGCAGCACAGCGCGACAAGGCGAAUGGGAAUAAAAUUGUAUUAUAAGUGCCUCAUGAGUAAUGUUACUACAAAAUCCACGUUUGCGACAAGUUUGUACAAAUUAUUAAACGUAUCCAUGUUGCACCACACACCGCUCAGCACACAGAAGUCGCUUUCGGGUGUCUACAACACACACACUUCCACGAACCCCCCCUAAACCAAUCAUGAACACACGUGGGUUUCCUCAAAUCCAGGCCAUGUUAUUAAAUGCAAGAAAAUAUAAUUACCAAACAAAACAAAUUAUUAUCUGACCAACUGUACAUAAAUGGUCAGCAAAACAAUACAAAUAUACUUAAAUGUGAUAUCAAGCAAGCAAAAAAAAAAAAACGAUGGAGCAGCAAUGCGACAUUCAGGGCAUAUGGCAUCAUUGCAUCAAUGCACCGUUGCGAAUUGCUACAACAUGCUUCAGGGAUGCUGUGAAAUACAAAGCAACACAAACACUAAUCCACUUAAGCUGGGAUGUGGGGAAGGGCAAAAUCCGCUGCUUACCGUGUAGUUGUAUAAUUAGAAGCUAGUGAGAUAAAUUAUGCGCACCUACUCAAUGCACUUCAGUAAUUGUGACGGUAUAUCGCUAGCCAUAUAACCAUCGAUGGUGAUCCAUACAGCACACAUCCGCGAACGGGUCGGGGAUGAGAUUUAUAGUGACGAAUGAAGGACGGCAAAGGCAGAAGCUAUGGUUAGCAAUUUAAUUAUUACUAGUAGCAUUAACACGCAUAAGAGUGUAAGAAGAGGUACGGAAGAGCCACAGCAUUACAUUACAGCAGCAGCAGGUACACUAUGCCGAGCAGCACAAAGCAAAACCUGACCAAAACGGAAGCGUCCAGGAGCGUGAGGUUGGUCGAAAAAAACACUGUAGAGCACACUUAACAUAUGCCGACACCUAUUCUUAUCCGAGAUAUUACAUGGGCCCAACAACAAAAAAAAAAAGAGAAGAAGAUGCCGUGGGUAAGCCUACAUCCACAUUUCGGUGCAGGAUACAGUUUGAAAUGAUGAAUAAAAAAAAAUACAAAUGUUUCCUAACAAA